UUGCUCUCAGUCGGACAGAGGUUCCAAGUCUUGCAGCUGGACACAGAGGUGGGAGACGGAAUCCUCAUCUCCUCAGGUUACCCAGUUGGACAGAGAGAAAGGACAGGAAGGAAGAAGAUGGGGCUCCUCUCCUGUUUCAGCCUGGCCUUCCUCGGCUUCCUGAUCGCUGGUCCAUCCCCAAGAGGUGUGGGAGCCUUAUCAUGUCCUUCAGGAUGGCUGUUUUACCAAGGCAACUGCUAUGGAUUGUUCCAAGAUAAAUUGACCUGGGCUGAGGCAGAGGUCGACUGUCAAAGCCAAGGCCGCAAUGGUCACCUCACUUCCAUCACCAGCCAAGCAGAGGGAGCCGUGCUGGCCAAACUCAUCAAGGACUCUCCACUACAUGACGUGAAUGUCUGGAUUGGACUCCAUGACCCCCAGAAGAACGGACGCUGGAGAUGGACCAAUAGAUCUCUGGUAAACUACAAGUCCUGGUUCACUGGAAUGCCUGACAAUUAUGAAAAUCAGGAAUACUGCACAGAGCUUUGGCGUCACUCAGGAUACGUGGGUUGGAAUGAUGUGAACUGCAAACAUGAGCGCCCCUACAUCUGCAAGUAUGAACUGUAGUGCCGGCGGUUGCUUCUCUUUCCAUCCGGAAAGCUCUACGAUGAGCCCGGAGAAUCAUCAACAGAAUGAGUCCUUCCUUCCAAGAACCCGGAUCUUUCCCCCUACAUGACAAAGUGCCCUAUUUGUAUGCCUGUGUGCUAAUGUGAUUAAGAACCUUGGCUGUACAACUGGAUAAAAACAGUCAA